UCCGGCGGCGGAGACAGAGGUGGCAGGCUGGGCUCUGCCGCGUGUCCCCGGGAAGCCGGGAGAGCUGACAGAUGAACGUGAGGCGGUCCCUGCUCGGCCUCACCUUUUGCACCUGCUACCUGGCUUCUCACCUCACCAACAAGUAUGUCCUGUCUGUCCUGAAAUUUACCUACCCUACAUUAUUCCAAGGGUGGCAGACCUUCCUUGGUGGAGUUUUGCUUCAUGUGUCCUGGAAGCUGGGAUGGGUGGAGCUGCAGAGCAGUCCGAGAUCUGAUGUUUUGACGUGGCUUCCUGCUUCAGUGCUGUUUGUGGGUAUAAUCUAUGCAGGAUCCAAAGCUUUGUCUAGACUGGCUGUUCCUGUGUUUUUCAUUUUGCAUAAUGUGGCUGAAGUCCUCACCUGUGGGUACCAGAAGUGUGUCUGGAAAGAGAAAACAUCAAUCUCAAAGAUCUGUAGUGCCCUCUUCCUCUCGGCUGCUGCAGGGUGCCUUCCCUUCCAGGACUCUCAGUUUGAUCCGGAUGGAUAUUUUUGGGCUCUAAUCCACUUCUUUUGUGUAGGUUCUUACAAAAUACUUCGGAAGUCCCGGAAGCCCACUGUGCUAAGAGACAUUGACCAGCAGUACUUAAACUAUAUAUUCAGCAUGGUACUCCUGGUGUUUGCCUCUCAUCCCACAGGUGACCUCUUCGGUGCCCUCGACUUUCCGUUCCUGUAUUUCUACAGAUUCCAUGGCAGCUGCUGUGCCAGUGGAGUUUUCGGAUUCUUUCUCAUGCUCAGUACGGUGAAGCUAAGAAGCAUUCUGACCCCAGAGCAGUGCGCGGCCUGGAUCUUCUUAGCUAAGCUUCCUGCUUGGUGGACUUGGCGAGGCCCUGCUGGUUUUCUCGGAGCGGAGGAGUUCCUCAUGAAGAGAGACAAGGGACGGCAGCAUGCAGCUUGCUACUGGAGAACACAGCAACUGGCCUCCCUCGUGAGAGCGAGAGAAAGACCACAUUACAGGGAUACCAAGCUGAGGUCUCCAGCUGGACAAAGCUGGAGCUGUGCAUGCCCCAACCAAGCUGCACACAUUAGUGGCUAAUGAUUGAUGAUUUCCCGGCGACUCUGCACCACUGCUGAGAAUGGGUCUGUCUUAUAUGCUGAGCCAGCUCCUCUCUGCUGCACCCAGCUCUGCAGGAUCAAGAAGCAGAGGCUCUUAAUGGGAUGGCUGUGUUGGCAGGAUGGACCCAAACCGCCUCCUACGGGAUACUGAUUCGGAAUUGAUGUCACAGUCCAUGGAAUGUUGUUGCAUUUGGGGAGUUGUUUUGUUUCUUUACAUCUUGGAGUCUCUUAUACUGCUUGAUUUUUCUGUUUACCCUGGAGCCCAUGCCUACCCACACAAAACAGUACAUGUGUGAUCAUGACACGUGGGACAGCGUAGGGGUGGGGUCUGAGCAGGGUAGCUGGACCAGUGGGACACCAGCAAACAUCUUUAGACUGCGGAGUGAGUGGCAGCCCUUGUGGUUAUGCUGAUACAUUUCCAGCCUCUAAUUUUUUCCUCUAAGUUUCUCUUGUUCUUUUGAGUUUGUCAGGAUGUGUUGAAUCUGUAGACCAUUGAUCACCAGUAGUUUAAGCUGGUGACUCAUUGAUUACCUGAAGUCUUUUAAGUAUUAUGUAGUCCAGGUGGGCCUUAAACACCUCACCAUCUGCCUCUGCCUCCUGAGUGCUGAGAUUGCAGGAAUUAACUAUAAUAUGCUUGGCUUUUGUUCCUUAAAUUCUUUAAUAUAUGUAAUACCUUUAUAUCUCAGAAGAGAUCUCAAGUCAUUGAGAACUGGAUUUUAUCUCUUAUAUCAGAUUAAUAAUUAAAGUCCCAUAGCUUACCACGAGAGAAUAAACCAUGUUAUUUAAAAUAUUCACUUGAUUCUGAACCCACCAAAGCUUAAGAAAAUAAUACUAGAUGUUUCUUUUCAUUGGUUUCAUAAAACUUGAUUGUUCUUGCGAGUCUCAGGUAGUUUUAGUCGUACUGCAGAGAUCUGUGCCAUUGACUGACAGAGACCCUCUGGGCUAUGAGGACUGCUCCUUGUUACAGGCUCAGACCCAGGAUGAAUGAGAGCAGCUCAUUGUUGCUAAUUUUUUCCCAACUUGUUGGCAAACAGAAUGAAACAGGAGGAUGGAUUUAUGCAUAUAGAAUGUGAGGACCUUUAUUUAGUUUCUGUCCUUUCCUGAUCUCUGCUUAUCAUUUAAGGUAAAAAAUGUUCCAAGACUUUAUGCCUAUGUACUUUUCAAUUUGCUGUCUUAAAGUAUUUUUUACAUUUAUUUAUUCUAUUAUUUUAUGUGUAUUGUACACCACAUAAUGUGUGCCUGGUACCUGUGACGGUCAGAAGAGGCCAUCAGAUCCACAAAAACCGGAGUCACAGACAGUAGUGAGCUGCCACAUGACUGCUGUGAAUUGAACUCGUGUUCUACGAGGGUGUUCUUUUGUUUUUGUUUUUUUUGUUUUUUUUUGAUUUGGUGGUUUUUUUGUUUGUAUAUUUGUUUUUGGAUUUGGUUUUUUCGAGACAGGGUUUCUCUGUGUAGCCCUGGCUGUUUUGGAACUCACUCUGUAUGCCAGGCUGGCCUCGAACUCAGAAAUCCGCCUGCCUCUGCCUCCCAGAGCGCUGGGAUUACAGGUGUGCGCCACCACCGCCCGGCUUACAAGAGUGUUCUUAACUGCUGAGCCAACUUCACUCUUCAGCCCUGCAGUUUGCUUUUAAAAGAUAUUUUUAUUUUAAAUUGUCUGUUUAUAAGUAUGUGUGCAAUGACUGCAGGUGCCCCAAGGAGGCCAGAGGAGAAUGCGGGAUCCCCUGGAGUUGGAAUUACAGGGAGUUGUGAGCUGCCCAGUGUGGGUUCUGGGACACAAACUCUGGUCCUCUACAAGAGCAUGGCGUGUUCUUGAUUGAGCAUGUCUCUCCAGCCGAGAGCUCGCUUUUGUUCUUCAUCGGGUAUAGCAAACCAGUAAGUAUAUAGUAGUGUCCUACAAAUCAAAUAGAGAAUCCAGACUUAGAAUUUUCCUGUUCUAAAUUCCCACAAAACUCUCUACUGCUCCCCCUCCCUCUACCUGGCUUUUGCAAAAAUGGUAUCUGUCCAGAUGUCAUCCUAUGCCUGUCCUAAAUGUCAUUUAAGCAAUGGAGAGUCUUCAGCUGGAAAGAACCACACAGCUACUAAUUCCAGCCCCAUCUCUAGCAGGAUGAACCUCAAAACUGAGACAUUUCAGACACUUUGGUUGUAAAGAUGUCUAGCAUCUAGUGCUUUGUUUUUGUUUUGUUUUGUUUUGUUUUGUUUUUAAACCACAUUCCAGUUCCAUUGUUCUGAGUCUCGGGUGAUUUUGUUGUGUGCUGAGAAGGUGAGAUGGGACCGAUUGCUCCCUCCGUGCACUGACCCGUGUCCCCAGUUUCCAUCUGUAUUCUGGGCUUCUUUCUUUAAGGCAUGGCUACCAUCUUUUAUCCCCCCUCCUCAUGCUUAGCUCUGAAGGUUCAGUGAACUCAGAGGUGCACGAGGCCCCCCCAUCACUGAGCUCUGAGCUCUGCUGUGUGGCCCUGAGCCCAGGGUUCCAAGGUAUCCACAGAGCACGCCGUCAUGCCCGCUCAGUUCUGAGUUCUUCCCAGCUCCAAUUCCUUGUUUGUUUGUUUGUUUGUUUGUGGCAGGGUCUCUGUUAUGUAGCCCUGGCUGUCUUGCUGGAUGUGAAGGCCAGGCUAGCCUUGAACUAGCCUGCCUUUGCCUCCCAGUACUGGACUUAAAAGGCAUCCUGCCAUGCCUGACUCCAGCUCCAUUUCAAAACCAGGAUAAAGUGUUGUUGUUGUUGUUGUUGUUGCUGUUGUUGUUAUUAUUGUUGUUGUUCCUUGCACAAAUUAAGAUCAUGCCUUCUUUCAAGGGAGGCAAACUGUGAAUUAAGACUAUACUACCAUCGCUAUAAAAAUCAACCAUUUCUUUUCUUGAUAA